AUGAAAGACUGUCAUCUUCCUGAAUCCUCCGGCCUUAGUCAAUCUCACGUCGAAGGCUUCAAGGAACCGCUGAAGAGGAUUGGAGGGCCCUUGGCGGCUUGGCCUGGCCGACUAUUCACCAGAAGAAAGUCCGAUCAAAGGCAAUAUUUGGCAGAAAAUGAGACUGACCCUUCAAUCCGGAAGACGGUAGAAACCAUUGAGUUGAGCUCAUCGGGUCUAAAAAUGGCAUUUGGCGAGGCUAAAGGCAAAAAGUCUGAGAUGAAAGCAAGUGACAAGGUGGAAGAAGUCAUCUUCUCGAAAGAAAAAUCCAUUCCAAACGGCGCAUGGCCCUACAGUCAGCUAAUCAACUAUGAAUAUGUAUAA